GGACAUCUAUUGGCGUCGAGAAAGAGUAAAGGGAAGUUGUAAUUAUUACGUAAUUGAUCCGAGUUAGACCAAACGCGUCCUAAUCAUCUCACGGAGCACCGACCUUGCUGGCGUUUCCUUAACAAGAAAAGUGUGACAGAAUACUCUCCACACACAAAAAUCAACCGUUCAAACACACACACAGACUUCGUCCGGAACGUGAAAUAUCUUAAUUUUCUUUUAUAUCUCUCUCACUUCCACUUGAAUCGUCGUUUCUUGCUUUUCACUUUUUUCACACGCAUCUCACCGCGCCCAUGGACUCGGUUCUUUUCGCCGAUUUUCAUGCCGUUUUUCCACGUUCAGGGGUAAUUUCCACCGGCAAUAGCUCCAGUUUACCCUGCAUCUUCACGUACUAUGGCCUGAAGCCUGCCGUUAGCUGUAGUGCUUCCUCCGGCCGAAGGCGGCGCCGUCGAUUUUCUGAAUUUCGAAGGCUGGAUGCUGCUCCGUUCGCCGCCGCCGGCACCACCAAUUCUGUUCCCCCAAGAGAAGGAAUCUAUACCGUGGGUGAUUUCAUGACAACAAAAGAGCAUCUGCACGUGGUAAAACCUACAACUACUGUUGAUGAAGCUCUGGAGACUCUUGUUGAGAAAAGAAUUACUGGAUUUCCUGUGGUUGAUGAUGAUUGGAAGUUGGUCGGUGUUGUUUCUGACUAUGAUUUGUUGGCACUUGACUCUAUCUCAGGUGGUGGUCAGGAACAGGAAACAAGUAUAUUUCCGGUUGUAGAUAGCUCUUGGAAAACAUUUAAUGAAAUUCAGAAGCUACUCAGCAAAACUAAUGGGAAGGUUGUUGGUGACCUUAUGACUCCUGCUCCCCUUGUUGUGCGUGAGAACACCAAUCUUGAGGAUGUUGUGAGGUUAUUGCUUCAAACAAAGUACCGCCGUUUACCAGUUGUAGAUGGUGAAGGAAAGCUGAUUGGUAUUAUUACAAGGGGUGACGUUGUUAGGGGUGCUCUCCAGAUAAAGCAGGAUGCUGAAAUGUGAUCGAUCCUUAUCAGUACUGGCUAUCUGCAUUGGGUGAAAAUCAUGUGAUUCUCUGGCUAUUCUAGCUACUAUUAGCAUCACUUGGUGGAAAAUAUUUCCAGCUUGGUAGAGUCAAGGUCCCUUUUAAGCAAUCACAAUGUGUGGAGGCAUGGUAUUGACCAUGCCCCAUAACUGAGUAGUCAUUCUUGUGCUGCUUCUGCCCUGUAAAUUUUUGCAUUCAUGUUUACUGGUUGGCAGUAGUUAGAAUCUAAGUAUAGUUGAGAUUGGAGAUUAAUAGGGAAACUGUCUAUAUUUCAUUGUCUUUCUGUGGCCCUUAGAGCUGUUGUAAGAACAAAUUUGUGGGUAUAAUGGUGUGAUUUGAAGAGAUUUUAUGUUCAAACAAGAAGUCAAUUGUACUUAUUAUUGUGCAGUUAUAAUGUGAACUGUACUGGAAUCAGGAAAACUGGGAAAUGUCCAUAUAGAUUUUUUCAGAAAAUUAAUGCCUUGUAUUAUCAA